CCACCCCUUUUUCUCCAGUAUUUCUAGGAAUUCAUGCUGCCUUCUUAAUUGGCCUGUCAUUUAUGGACUGCACCUGUAAGCCUUUGGUGGUAACCAUACUGAAUUCUGAUGAACAAAGCAGAAAAUUUCAAACCUGCAAUACUUUGGAGACAAUGAGCUUUCUGCAGCCUGGAUAAAGAUUUAUUAAGCUGGCGUUAAAAAAAAAGCAACAGCUACAAGAAACAAGCCACACAGCCUGAAGAGAGAUUGGAAGAGGAUUCACACCAGUAUGUUAGCUCAGUGCACCACUCCAUAUGGCCACACAUUCCUCGCUGUUUACAAAAUGUUGUCACAAAUGAGUUGAUGCACUCAUACAUUUCCUCUGAAAUGCUGCGGAGAAAAGAAACCCUCAUUCGGGUGUACCUAAACACAUGUUGUUGCAGCCAUAGCCCUGGCAAGUCAUGGUUGAAGCAAAUGCCUCUUCCUGCCUGUGGUGUGCUUACCUCUCUUCCUGCGAAGCUCCUCAGAGCUGGAGUACGGAUGUAAAGGCUGCAUGGAAGCUUAAAGAUGAUGUGACUUUUCAGAACAAACAAAACAUCAUGAAGCAGAGCGUGGAAAGCAAAUAAUUUGAGAAAGAAUACCUAUGAACUCGAUUAAAAAAUCAUCACCUGUGUUUUCUAAAUACAGUUUGUUGCAGAAAGGAUUUAUGGUCCCAGAUCCUGACUUUUUAAUGAGAAGGCUGACAGCAGGACUCAGUCAUUCCUAAUGUGGAUGAGCCAUCAUCUUUCAGACUUCAAGUCAUGGCACUUCAUCUACCCUGAAUGUUACCCAUUCUUGGAUCUGGAGGCAGUUUACGGAGUAUGAAAAGCUGUGCUGCCCUUCACAUCCUGUGUACCCUUCUGCCCUAUCCACAGCGGUCGGAACAUGCUGCAGUGUUUGGUUUCAUCCUUUGGGACCGCUUGGUGCUCAGCUGUACAGGGCUACACCUCCCUGAGUACGGAUCUCUGGAAUCCUGGUGUGCUCUGGGACAUAAGACCAUCUAUUGGAGUUUCCUUAGAAAGUGGGACCUCUUCUACCCUACAGUUUCCGCGUUACUAUUCAAUGAAGUGGGAAUUAAACAGUGUACCAUCCUGACAUGGCUCCCUCACCACUUGCAAGUGUUCUGCAGGGAUGGAUUUAUAGACUUCUUGGAGUUCAUAGCUGCAAUAAAUUUGGUUAUACGAGGGAAAAUUGACCAAAAAUUGAAAUGGUAUUUUAAGCUGUACGAUGCUGAUGGAAAUGGAUGUAUUGACAAAAAAGAACUAUUAAGCAUAUUCGCGGCUAUACAGGCUAUAAAUGGCCACACCAACAUGUCUGCUGAGGAGUUCACAAACAUGAUAUUUCAGAAGAUAGAUGUGAACAAUGACGGGGAACUGACUUUGGAAGAAUUUAUCAACGGCGUGGAAAGUGACAAGGACCUAAUGGAAUUGAUUACGAAAAGCUUUGACCUUUCCAACGUACUCAAAGUCAUACAGAAUGGCAGGAGACACAGCGUCUGAUGGAUCUAGUGACAGAUGUGGCAUCUGUGUCCUAAUUUAAAGGAAGAUAUUAUUUGAUACAGUGAGAGAACUUGAUGUCGUCAAAGCUUGCCCAGACAAUACAGUGCAGCCUGCUCCAGGAUUAACAAUUUUUAUUCUUCAAUACAUAUGUCAUCUUUUCUUUUUUUUAUUCUUUCCCCCGCUAAUGACUGUGGCAGCCACAGAACACAAAGUUUGUCCCACAUAUAACAGAAAAGCUAUCUGGUGCAGUACAAAUAAUUUAUUCGGUCUCUAUGAAUCCUGUUCAGGGUUAUCAAUAAAACAAUGACAAUAUUGCAAAAUGAGACCUUUCUAGAAGACACAGAGUUAAUAAGCUUAUUCUUUUAAGCACAGACUCUUUAAUCUUCUAUCUGAAGUGUGGAUAUAAAUUUCUAGGUAAGACUGGGUUCUACCUGGAUCAAUUAGGAAUGAAGCUUGAUUUGCAGUAACUUUUUUGCUCUAAUCCAUACUCAAAAUUGGAGUAGAUUUGCUGGGAAACUCCUCAGUCAGCUUAAUAUUCCAGAGAUGUGCAUCCUCCUUAACAAGCUGUCUACCACUCUUGAUUUUAUUACAUCUAUAAAUUAAAAUAAUGUGAUAGUUUGAUGGUUUUGGCAGGGUUCAGCUACUGUUCUUUCAAAUUAACCUUUUACAGAAAUGCUGCAAUGAAAUUUUUUUAUCUUUGUAAAGUAAAAUUACUUGUUCAAAGAAUAGCUAAAAAACCAAAUCAUUUUGUAAGCACUCUGUUUUCCCAAAGAUUUGCAUCCAUUGACUUGUCUGACCUCCUUUUCAAAACAAUUUGUUUUCACUGGGCUUUUUGCCAUGGCUGCAUGAGACAUAAGGUAAGAGGUAUCGUGACUAGUUCCUGCUGAUGGGACUGACGGCUUCUGCCAAACAGACUGUUUAACAGCUGGAUUCUUCCUGCCUUCCUAUGACAGGGAGUAGUAAUUUAGGUAUCUUUGCCCUGCUCACAUACCUGGGCGAAAGCUUUCAGCAAUUUAGUCUCUUUGAGACUUCUACCUUCUUUCAAACUGUGUUGCAAUUGUCUCUGAAUGUGAUAGCUUUUAGGAAUGCAGGGAAGGCAUUCAAAGAUAGCAUGAUCACAUAUGACUCAUUUUCUUAAGAAACUAGGCUAAAAAUAACUCAACUUUAUGUUACAAAUAACAUGAUUAGUUCCAUGAGCUGAAAUGGAACUGCACGAACUGUCUGCAAACAGAAAAUUACAGUUCUCUCUGCUGUUGAGAUUGAUUCUCUCUGAAGACUGCAACAAGUUUUACCGAAUUACUACAUUAUAUCAAAAGAAUAACUUCUCCUUUGCUGACCGUGCCCUGCAAGCGUCGUACUCAUAUUAGUUAUUGUUAGAAGCAUCAGCUUUAUGCAAAAUCAUUUGUGAAUGGAUCAGUGCAGGUUGAAUGAAACAAUUAUUAAGAUUUGAAUAUGAAAAUGUUUUUCUUACAAAUUCACUUUAAAUCCACGUCCAUUUGCACAUGAAACAUACUCCAUCAUCUGCACUUAUUAUUCCAGGUUUGUGUUUGAUCAACGGAAUAUACUAAGAGUAUGCAACAUGCAUCACUUGACAUUAUAAACUGUUCUGACAUUAUAGUUUUGACAUUUGGAUCUUUUAUAGCCCUUCUAAGGAAAAAAAAAUUAUGUAUGAGAUUGCUGGUGGUUCGAAUUUUAACCUCUUGUAUUUAUUCAUCAUUGCCACACUAAUAUGUCAUUGUCAGAAUCAGUUUUCUCACACUGAGACUUCAAAAAAUCACUUUUUCUUAAUCCAAUGCUUUCAUAUUUAGAUCCUAUGAGGGUGGUGUCCUUCAGAAUUGGCUAUAAAACAUUUAAAUUAAAAUGAUCCAAUCUAACCAAUUUGGGCUUAUGGGAACAGCUCCGUUUUUGGAUUUUUGCUUUUAAGCUAAUGAAGUUACGGACUUUGAAAAACAGCUACUAUCUGUAUACAUAGAACUUUUUUUUUAUAAGGGGAUUUUAAAGAGAGUAUUUCCAUUUAAAUUUGUCUGACUUUCUAUGUAACUGUAACUAUAUGAAGUGAAUCACCAGUUCAGAAGUGUUGUGUUGUAUUAAAAAAAAUUAUGCAUGUAAGGUAAUUCUUAGCCAUUUUUUGUUAAACUGAAUUUUAAAGGAGUAGCUGACAUGCUCGUUUUCCACACUUUAAUUAAAAUCAUUUAGCAGAAGCCUGUGUAAUUAAGAAACAAGUAUCUUUGCUGUUUAAUGUAAACACUCUGUCACAUUAUUUCCAAAAAUACAUAUGUACAGUAACUCCACAUGUGUUUUGGACAAGUUACAAGAUUCUAUCUUGGGUUUUUGAUGAUUUAACAUAAAUUUCCUUUAACUAUUUAAGCACCAUUUGAUACACAGAGGCUUGACAUAAAGGCAUUACACCACAGUUUUGGUCUCCUUAUUCUAAAUUUGUCAGCUACUCAUCAAGUGUACCUGUGAAAUCAGGUGACACAUGAGAAAACUCUCAAGCAUGACUCCCAAGAGUCUUGUUCCAAGCCAACAUGAAGCUGCAACUUCUUGUGGUGGAGAAGCUUUGCAGUUAUUAAGAUAUAAUGUAAGUUGACCUAACUAUUUGAACACUUAUUGCUAGUUUAAUAGGCAGCAGGAAAGGAAAAAGAAAGCCUAAUGCUAGUUCAUGUUAUGUUAUACCCCUUAGAAAAUAUACAAGUGGCUAAGUGCAGUGCUGAGCUGCUGAUCCCAAGGGCUGCCAGAGCCCACAGGAAUCCUUUUGCUUCAAACUCCCCGCCCCCCAAAGGAGAGAAAAAAACAUUGCAGCACAUGCACUCAAGAAGUGCCUUUGUCAAGAAGAUUGAUGCAGAUGCCAGCUGCGAGUGUCUGGAGAAGCUGGGCUGCCUAUAUCAUCAUCACAGGGGGGUAGGUUUUAAUUAAGAUAGAUGUGUUCUGAGGAAUGGAUAAUGAUUUUGUCACCAUAUUCACCUUGGAAAGAAUCACAGGUUUCAAAUUCACUCUGUGCAGCUGGGUGAGCUUUGCCAAUCAAGGGGGUAAUUGGUAGUUUUUCUUCAAAUAUAAGCUCUUUUACUGUUAAGAAAGCCUUAUGACUUUAUGUUCUUUUUAUUGCAUCCAAACAGCUAAAGGUAAUUACUGUGACAGUCCCCUUUUUCAAACAAUUCUUAAUUGUGGUAAAAUUAUCUCCUUUCCUUUUCUGGGAGCUCAAUACGCUAUGAAAAUAAAUAGGUACUUUUUCUUCUCGGAGUCUGGGAAUUCAAAGCCACAAGAAAAUUGCCUUUUCUUGUAGAUAUGAAAUUGCUCAAGCAUUAACAGGCUUGAUUAAAUCUUAUGCCAUAAUUACGCAUACCUGACAAAGUGGAAGAUAGCUUGCUGUGGAAAAGAUCUCAUAGCCACAUUUAAUUUUUGACCUCAUGUAAGAUUAGCUAUACUAUACAGACCAUAACAGCUACAUAUUCAACUAAAUAUUCAAAGCUCGGGUUCCCUGUGGGCAAGGAUGUAUGUCCAUUUACUUGAUACUGGCUGAAGAUUUUCUACAUGGAAAGAUUUCUAGAAGUCUCACAUGAUUAUAGAGAUAUCUAGAGAUAUCAGGAAGAGAUUUUUAAACACUAUUUUAAAAACCUCUGCUAAGUACAGUAGAAUAUUCAAUAAAUAGGAAAUGUGUGCGGCUUUAUACCGUACUGUUUGAUCUGCCCUUAUUAGAAAGCUAUGGGAGAAAACAUCUCAUGUAUGUGAUUUUAACAUGGAAAAAUCUAGCUGAC